AUGGAGGACGGUCCUGUUUUCUAUGGCUUUAAAAACAUUUUUAUUACAAUGUUUGCUACCUUUUUUUUCUUCAAGCUCUUAAUCAAAGUGUUUUUGGCUCUCCUAACCCAUUUCUAUAUCGUCAAAGGAAAUAGAAAAGAAGCAGCUAGGAUAGCAGAAGAGAUCUAUGGUGGAGUUUCAGACUGUUGGGCGGACCGAUCCCCGCUUCAUGAGGCUGCGGCCCAGGGACGCUUACUGGCUCUAAAAACUUUAAUUGCUCAAGGCGUGAAUGUGAACCUCGUGACAAUCAAUCGGGUCUCCUCUCUCCAUGAAGCAUGCCUCGGAGGUCACGUGGCCUGUGCAAAAGCUUUGCUGGAAAACGGUGCCCAUGUCAAUGGCGUGACGGUUCACGGAGCCACACCCCUCUUUAAUGCUUGCCGAAGCGGGAGCGCCGCCUGUGUCAACCUGCUGCUGGGGUUUGGCGCCAAGGCCCAGCCGCAGGCACACCUGAACUCACCCAUCCAUGAGGCGGUGAAGAGAGGCCAUAGAGAAUGCAUGGAGAUUCUGCUGGCGAAUAAUGUUAACAUCGACCAAGAGGUGCCUCAGCUUGGAACUCCACUGUAUGUGGCCUGCACCUACCAGAGAGUAGACUGUGUGAAGAAACUUCUAGAAUUAGGAGCCAGUGUUGAUCAAGGUCAAUGGCUGGACACCCCCCUCCAUGCCGCCGCCCGCCAGUCCAGCGUGGAAGUCAUCCACCUGCUAGCCGACUAUGGGGCCAGCCUGACAUGCCGGAAUGCUCAGGGCAAAAGUGCGCUUGAGGUGGCGGCGCCCAAGAGCAGCGUGGAGCAGGCGCUCUUACUCCGAGAAGGCCCGCCUCCUCUUUCCCAGCUCUGCCGCCUGUGUGUCCGGAAGUGCUUGGGCCGAGCUUGUCAUCAAAGUGUCCACGAGCUGCAUCUGCCCGAGCCCCUGGAACGAUUCCUCCUGUACCGGUAACCUCACCUAUCCAGGGACAGAUGACGUGGAAAUAGGUUGUUGCCUGCUGUUGCCAACACCCGGUAUAGACGCCCAUCAGCUAGACUUUCAGUAUCUGCAGAUGAGUGAUGCCAGUUAGA